AUGUCUUCCCAUAUUUUCUCAGAAUCCUUGCUGAUGGAAGAUAUUUCAGUUGGUGUUGUCUGCCAAAAGGGUUAUUUUCCUUGCAGAAAUCAUACAACUUGCCUCCCAUGGGCAUUUCACUGUGAUAGCAUAAAUGACUGUGAGAAUGGUGCAUAUGAAGAGAACUGUGGAGAUAACAGUGGAUGGGCAAGUAUCUUUGAUAUGGUUCAUGGAAAGCCUAAUUAUCUGGAUUUAUCAGAAGAAUGUCUCCACCAAUACCCAGAAGGUUGCAGCUGCAUGGAAACAGAACUAGAAUCUUCUGCUGUUAAUCUAAAGUCUGUUCCACUUGUUUCAAGUAACGUAACCCUCCUGUCACUCUCACACCACCAGAUCCAUUCUCUUCCAGAUAAAGUUUUCAGCAAGUGUAUAAAGUUAAAGAAAAUAUUUCUACAACACAGCUGCAUGCAGACAAUAUCAAAGAGAGCAUUCUUUGGACUAUGCAAACUUCAGAAACUGUAUCUCAGUCAAAAAUGUAUCACCAGACUGAAACCUGGGGUACUCGGAGAUCUACACAAAUUGAAAUACAGAAUUCUAGAUUAUAAUCCAAUAGUGAAAAAUUCACAGCAGUUAUUUGCUGGGCUAAAGUCUUUGGGUUUUUUUGGCAAAAAAGGUGAAAAACUUGGUGUCUUUAAUAAUCCAUUGACUCAACUGCUCAGCCAAGCUCAUGGUAGGCAGCUGCUGGCAUCAGAUCUGGCACCAGUAGCCUUUGGACCAGGCUCCAUAGAAUCAAUGAUAAGCAAUUCACUUCAGACUCUUCCCAAAUUCUGUACUCAAGUGCCUCUUAUCAACUGGAUGGAUUUUAAAGGCAAUCAUAUUAAGGCCUUAACAAACACCACCAUCCUGGAAUGCGAUGCAUUCACUCCCAAGGUGAGGCAGGAGGCCGUGCAGAAUCAAAGGCAGAAGGACAGAAAGGUACCUGGCAAGAGGGAGCUGCAGGUAGUGCUUAAGGCAGCAUCACAGGAAUGGGAGAAACUUAUUCCAAGACUUCCCAGGUUUUACAACAGAGAUAGAUGCAGAAACAUAAAACAGCUGCAGAAGGUCAAUCUUUCCUUCAAUCCACUUUCUCAUCUCUCUGAGGAUGGCUUUGAAAGCUUUCAGCAGCUUCAGUCACUGGAUCUGGAAAUGAUUGAGAUUCUAAAUAUAAAGGAAAGCAUGUUUCAUCAUAUGAGGAACUUCUCCCACAUGUAUGCAUAAAGUUUCACUUAUUGCUUAUAUGCACUCCAUGUGCAACUAUGCACAUCAUCAACAGACGGGAUUUCAUCAUUUGAAGAUAUCUUAGCUAACAAUGUUCUGAGCGUAUUUGUGUGGGUCAUAGCUUGUGUUAUAAAUUUUGGAAAUCUUUUCAUCAGAAUUAGAUCAUUUAUCAAAGCAGAAAAUGAGAUGCACACCAUGUCUAUCUCGGCUGUAUGUUGUGCUGAUUUUCUUAUGGGGGUGUAUUUUUUCUUCAGUGGAGAUUUUGAUGUAAAAUACCAUGGACAGUAUAAAAAAUAUGCUGUGCUGUGGAUGGAAAGUUGACCAUGCUGUAUCAUGGGGUUCAUGGCCAUGCUAUCUACAUAGGUCUCAGUCCUCUUGUUGAUGUAUCUGACCUUGGAAAAGCAUUUAGCGAUUGUCUUUCCCUUCAGUAAUAUCCAUCCUGGAAAGCAGCAGACAGUAAUGAUUCUUAUAUCCAUAUGGAUUGCUGAGCUUGUCAUAGCAAUAAUCCCAUUCUAGGAUGAGGACUUUUUUGGAAAUUAUUAUGGGAAAAAUAGAAUCUGUUUCCCAUUGAAUUCUGACCAAAGAGGAUAAAGUGAGGGCAACAGGUAUUCCCUUGGUAUUUUUCUUGGUGUGAACCUGCUAGCCUCCAUCAUCAUAGUGCUUUCAUACGUCAGCACAUUCUGUUAAAAAAAUGCUCUUCAGACAUCAGAAGUAAGGAGUCGCAUUUGCAGGGAUGUUGCUGUUGCCAACUGAUAUUUUUUUAGAGUAUUCACUGAUGCCAUCUACUGGAUUCCUGUCUUUGUCAUUGAAAUACUCUCCUUAUUCCAGGUGGAAAUUCCAGGCACUGUCCUUUCCUGGAUAGUGGUAUUUGUUCUGCCAGUACCCAUGAACCCCAUUCUGUAUACUCUCACAACUAGUUUCUUUAAGGAGAAGUUUUUAGAAGUGAUGAAAAAACUUUGGCCACUGCCGCACACCGAGCGUCUCCCCUCCCCAGCGGGGUUAUCUGACCCGGGACGCGUGCUGCCUGCCCUCCUGAAGAGGGAUCGGGUAACACGGACCCCGUCCAAGCCCUCGCCGUUGCAGAAGGAAGCCUCUCGGCCCGGCUCGCCCGCUCCCGGCGCCCACAGCCGGGCUCCGCAGCCCCAGCGCCGGGGCCUGCCCCCUCGGCCGCACCGCCCCGGGCUCUCCCGGGGCUGCCCGGCUUUUCCGACGCGACGCCAAAGUCGCUCCGCGUUUUCCUGA